AUGGCGGUCGCCUCGCCGGAGCAGCAGCAACAAUGGCUAUUUGUGGAUUUAUUAUUCAUAAAAAAACAUAUUAGGGUGGACACACUUCAGAGGAGAAAAACCGACAGGUGGGACAACAAAAUAACUUACAGUCGGUGGUUUUGUGGUCGAAGGGUCGCCGGAAACACAACUAAUCAUUGUUGGCUACAUAUAACAAUCAUCCUUUGUGACAUCUUUACUUCCAAUCAAACCAAGCAUUACCAGCUGUCGAGACAGAUAAGUGCACUAAAGAUUGUAUGGCAGUCAAAGUGA